AGACACGUCUAUCCUCCACAUCAACACAUCGACAGCAGCCGCUUCGACCGCCAAACCUUCAAGAUGGCUCCUUCCAACCUUCCCGCCAUCUUCAACCCGACGUCGCAGGACAUCGAGAUGCUGCUUGCCGCCCAGGCGCAUCUCGGUUCCAAGAACCUCCAGGUGCACAUGGAGCCGUACCUGUGGAAGACGCGCCCCGACGGCAUCAAUGUCAUCAACAUUGGCAAGACCUGGGAGAAGAUCGUGCUCGCUGCCCGCAUCAUCGCCGCCAUUGACAACCCCGCCGAUGUCUGCGUUAUCUCUGCCCGCCCCUACGGCCAGCGUGCUGUUCUCAAGUUCGCCCACCACACUGGUGCUGUCGCCAUUGCCGGUCGUUUCACCCCCGGUAACUUCACCAACUACAUCACCCGCUCUUUCCGCGAGCCGCGCUUGAUCGUUGUCACCGACCCCCGUACCGAUGCCCAGGCUAUCCAGGAGGCCUCCUACGUCAACAUCCCCGUCAUCGCUCUCUGCGACACCGACUCCCCCACCGAGUACGUCGACGUUGCCAUCCCCACCAACAACAAGGGCCGCCACUCCAUCGGUCUUGUCUGGUGGAUGCUCGCCCGUGAGGUCCUCCGCCUCCGCGGCACCCUCGCCAGCCGCGAGACCGAAUGGGACAUCAUGACCGAUCUGUACUUCUACCGCGACCCCGAGGCCGAGGAGAACAAGGACUCCGCCGGCGUUGAGGAGGCCAAGGUCCCCGGCGCUGACGAGGUCGGCACCGGCCCCGUCGAGGCUGGCUUCACCAGCGAGUGGGAGGUCUCCGGCGCUACCGCCGGCGCUGCCUUCACCUCCCAGGCUGCUGCCCCCGCUGGCACCUCCUGGGACGCUGACGGCGCCGACUGGGCUGCCUCCGGUGCCCCUGCUGCCCCCGCCGCUGAGGGCUGGGGUGCUGAGGCUCCCGCUGCUGAGGGUGCCACCAACACCCAGUGGUAGAUGUCGCUCUGCGCAUCUCCUGCAGCGUCUCUCUUCCCAUACCCCCUCUUAUCUAACCAGAUACCUCGAUCUUGUCGUUUCGGAGUAGGAGCAUGGGAUCGGAAAAUGUAACGGAUGGCAUGGAUCUAACGUCACACACACCCAAGAAGUUUUACAAUUCAAAAACAUCACAAACAUUUGGAGACGAAGCGCGGCAUUGCGGGAAGUGCAUCGAUGCCUUGCACUUAUGAGGGAAAGAUACUCGGACUCUUUGUGGGACGAGGGAAAGCCCUGUGCUGGUUGAUCGGGUCGUUCUUGAGCUGGCGCCCCUUCCUGGAAUACCAUGUCUUUUCUCACACGUUGCGCCCAAGCCAUUGUGCCCCCGAUGACAGAUGUGCAAGUGAAUGUGUAGUGUGAUCGUGAACAAGAAUCAUCAUAUACAAAUCUACAGGGGU